GUUGUACAGGACUGACAAUCACGUUUCUACUCCUUAUGUGAGGUAUCGACUCCAAAAGGCUCUGUGACGAGGUUCUGUCUAAUUUUACCAGCCUAAAGGUAAGUGUGGAAGAAAGUGGACAGCAAGAAGGAUAGGAUUAGCCAGCUGAACUGCCGUAUGGCGCAAAGUUCGCGCGUGUCCAGACCAUACACGCAAACUGGCAGCACUAUGCAGUACCGAAGGACACAUGUCCAGACAUGUACCGCUCUCUAUCAUGCCCCCACUCAGCGGGAGCCUCUCGUACCCAUUUCGCCCCGGCGCUUAUCCGCUCUAGUCCUGCCAGCCACAUGAGAUCCCUAUCACAACACGACUUGCCAGCAGCCCUUUUGGCCCCAUGAUGCGGCAGGAAAGAGGAUGGGAAUUAAUUGUUGCUGCCCGCACAUCAAUAUCAUCCAGUCGAGAUCUUCUGGAAGUCAGGCAACCACAGGUCUCCGGGUUUGCAGGCUUCUCCACAGACCGGCGGUUCGAAAGACCGGUAUUUGGGAAGACCGGAAAUUGGAAGAACGGGAAGUGGGGAAGACCGGCAGUUGUAAAUGACCGACCGCAACUCCUUACUGAGUUGUCCUGGGGCAUCCUAGCACUCAGGACAGAGUCCUAGCUCUGGCCUGGGCCAAUUUGGCAUGCAUGGCCCUUGCGACUAAGGACUGAAAUCGCGUCAUUGUUCUUCCUACACCCCUCUAGCUCUAUAUAAAGCGACGCAUACUACCUCUGCACCCCGAGCUCAGGACUCGGAACCUCGAAACCUGCAGCACGCUCUUCCAACUCCUCCCGCCAGCACAAUUUCAGCCAUGCCAACGACCUUUUCCGGUCUUUUAUCCAUUCCAGUUGGUGGACGCCCUACUAUUCAGGGUGUGCGUCAUACAGGUUCACGGCGUAUUUUCAUUGCUGAAGAACCGAUAGGAAGGUAAUGACUCCCGUUGCAACACUACUGUCCGUUUCAACAUUCCUGAAUUCGGAAACGUCACAAUGAGUGCCCGAGGUAAUUCGUCCUUGAGGAACUUGUACGGUCAAUCGGUCCAUGAUUUCCGUGAAGCCACGGUGACGCAGGCCGUCUGGGCAAAGGUUGAGUAUUCAUGUGAUCCGACGAUGCCGAAUCCAGUUGGUGCAUCCCAAGGAAUAGUACGUAUUCAGGAUACAUUUCAUUUUGAAUGGUCAAUGCUCACAUGAUUAUGCUCUGAGCAGGAAAGGAACUACAAAGUAUGCAGUAUGAUUUG